AUGUCCGGACAUGUCAAGAACGCCGAAACAAAGUCGCCGGCCUACUGGCGCAUUGCCGGCGUCAAGUUCGCCAAAGAUCGGGAGCCGAUGCUCAAUCGACCAUCGUUCCGCACCAUGCUUCUUCACACGCAGUACUCCCGCCAGAUCCCUGACGCCUCCCAUCGCCAGCGGCACGAGGUGAACCUGCGCCUCGUGCUCAGCAUCUACCUGUACUUCAACGGCUUUGUCGACAUAGAAUCCUUCUGGCAAGUCUUGGCCAAGCUGCUUGGUAAGACCUGGAGCGGUACCGUCCUUGAGGAACUUGUUCCCGUCUACAUGGCCGCGAGGAGAGCCUACAUCCGUGAACCCAUUACGUCCUACCAGCCUGGCCAGCCUGCCGCCACCGCAUCUGACGCACCCAGCGAGAUCGCUGCGCUUCUGGACGCCUGCAUCGAAAACUCACACCGGCCGCAGCCUCCUAGGCGCCGCAACGCAGCCUCCAGAGCUGCCUUCGAGCAGAGACAGGUCGAUUGGCGCCACACCAAUCCGCAAAGGGUCGCCGCCAUCGUCUCGGCAGUGUCCGGAGCCCAAGGAAUGUCCGUCAAGGGAAGUGCCGCCAGGGUCGACAACGGCUCCUCACUCGCAUCACACACCACUGCGGCCCCCGUCCCAUACGACCCCCGCGCUGCUUCCCAUUCGAGAAACCGAGUCCCGCAAGAAGCAUCUGCGGCAUCUCAGACCGACGACGUCACUACUAAAUCGCCCAAGCAGUCUGUACAUCUAGAGCCAUCUUGCCCCAGUCAGACCCCCAUCGGUCAAAUGCGCAAGGGCGUCUCUGCUCGUGUGGCAACUCUGACUCCCCAAAGCCCCAUCUUGCAGCCCGAACUCCCCAAGAGCCUGAAUCGCAGGUCCCCGACUGACAAGGAACUGACAAAUCACCAUGGUCAGGAUGGUUCGAGAGCCUCACGGGCAACGCUUCUGGAGAUCAAGCGCGAAGGCAAUGAUGGCGACCCUGAACCAGACAGACGCAUCUCGUCCGUCCAUCCGUCGAGAUUUGGCUUGAUUCAUGGCGGUGAUAACCAGAAGAAAGCAAGAUCUCAUCGCUCCUCUUUCCCUACACCUGGUGAUGAGGUGGUUGUGAUAUCCGAUGACAGUUCAGAUUCGGAUUCAGAUCCAGGUUCUGGACCAGGAUCAGGUCUGAACUCGGCUCAGCCUGCGGAAUCAAUUGCCUCUCCGCUUUCUCACCUGGGCUCGCACAAGCGACCUGCCAUGUUUAUCGUGGACCUUGGUCCAUCCAAACGUCAGGCACUUGAACCUGCCUCCCAUGGUGCUACCCGGUCUCCCUCAGUCGGUGUAGCUAACCAAGCAGACGGCCAUGAUGGUGACCAGCCAAUGGGUGACCUUGUCACCACUGCCAGUAAUAGAUCCGACGCCAGUGUUCGCAACAGCAAAGAGCAAGACUGGUCUCCCACAGAGACUCCUACACAGCAGGCCGACGACGUCACCGAGCAGGAGGCCAUUCAGGACCAGGCCGUGCCUCCUAUGACCAGCCCAGAAGCAACACUGGAUGGAGAGGAAACUACACUGGUUGAGAACUUAGCGGACAAUGAUGAAACCACCCAUCAGGUUGUACCAGUGGAGAAACCUGCCAAGGAAAUCUCUGAUGCCAUCGACCAACCCAGUAAUCAGAACCAGAACGCCUUUGACGCUCGAGAGAAGAUCAGAGAGCUCGAGCUGAAGUUACAAGCCCAGGAGACAGCCCUGGAUGCAUCCCAGAAGGUCACAGAACAAGGACAGCAACGCAUUUCUGCCAUCGAAGAGCGACUGCAAGCUAUGCAAGAACACGUGCCUCGCUCCGACAACGUCCGUGCCGGCAAUUCAAUCAGUCACCUGGUAGACCAAGACACCAAACUAUGCCUCAACGAGGUUGGCGACCAAAUACUCAAGUUGAAGGGAGUUCUAUUGUUACGGCUCCACAAUGAGAACCGGAACAGCCCUGUUUGGAAGAGGAUGGAACAAUUGUGGUUAACACUCGACAAGGCAGAAGAUGAGGCAACAUAUGCCUCACAAGCAUUGUGA